AUGGAAGGAGAGAUAUACAACUUCGUGAAGGUAUGGAUCUCAGUCUUUGUAUCUCUAACUUACUGCUAUGUCAUAGGAAAAGUAACCCCAAAAGGGAUUCCAAGACUUCUUUGUGUCCUGCCAAUUGUGUGUCUUUUUCUUCUUCUUCCUCUAGAAUUUACCUCCAUUCAUUUUGGAGGUCUCAUAUCUUUCUUCAUUGCUUGGCUUGCAAAUUUCAAGCUCUUGCUUUUCGCAUUUGGUAAAGGACCUCUGUGCUUAGACCCAAAAAUCUCCUUUGGUCGUUUUGUUUCUGUUGCUUGUUUUCCCAUUAAAAUCCAGCAAAUCCCACCUCGAAAAACAAAGCUAAAUGGCCAUAGCCAAGAAAACCAAUCUCAAAAAUCACAUCUGACUGGUCAAGAUAAGCAAAACCUAAUUCCCAAAAAGGUUUCUAGCAAAUCAUUUCUAAUUUAUGCAGCCAAAAUCCUAGUUUUGGCAUUGUUGGUUGCCAUAUAUGGUUAUGGGGAUUAUAUCCACCCAAAAAUCAUGUGGCUCUUGUAUUGUUUACACAUUUACUUUUUUCUUGAAAUAAUCCUAGCCAUGGUGGCAACCUUGGUUCGAACCCUGUUAGGGCUUGAGCUAGAGCCACAAUUCAGUGACCCAUACCUCUCAACUUCACUUCAAGACUUUUGGGGAAGAAGAUGGAACCUCAUGGUAACAAGUAUUCUACGCCCUACAGUAUACGAACCAAUCAUCAACACGUGUAAGAACCUCAUUGGUAGCAAAUGGGCCCAGGUCACAGCAAUUUUGGGCACCUUUCUAGUGUCGGCUCUAAUGCAUGAGCUCAUUUUCUACUACUUAGGGCGCGUGAAGCCCACGUGGGAGAUCACAUGGUUCUUUUUGCUACAUGGGGUGUGUUUAACGGUCGAGAUUGCUCUGAAAAAGAGGGUAAACGGCAGGUGGCAGUUGCCCAGGUUGAUGCAAACUAUUUUGACCAUUGGAUUUGUCAUAGUUACCGGCUUUUGGCUGCUUUUUCCACCAUUUCUUCGGUGUAAGGCGGAUGUUAGGGCAUUGGAGGAGUAUGCUGCUGUAGGCGAGUAUUUGAAGAAUGCUGGCCCAUUGGUUGGAGCCCUAGCUCGAGCCUGUCUUGGUGUGGAGCUCGAGCCACAAUUCGAUGAGCCAUACCUAGCUAGCUCAUUGCAAGACUUUUGGGGUAAAAGAUGGAACCUAACGGUGACUAAUGUCCUGCACCCUGCCGUGUUCAAUCCUGUCCGGUCCGUUCUUAGCCGUUGGAUUGCAAAAAAAUGGACCCCAGUACCUGCUGUGAUUGCGUCAUUUCUUGUGUCUGGCAUCAUGCACGAGCUGAUUUUCUAUCACAUCGGACGCCAGAACCCAACUUGGGAAGUCACAUGCUUCUUUCUCUUGCAUGGCUUUUGCUUGACUGUUGAAAUUAUUAUCAAGAUGGAAUUCAACUCUACAUGGGGAUUGCCUAGGGUGGUGGCAGCGCCACUUGUGGUGGGGUUUGUGGUGGCUACUGCCAUGUGGUUGUUCAUGCCGACAGUCAUACGUUGCAAGAUUGAUGUCGAGGUCCGGAUGGAGAUGAUCGCUUCUUUCAAGCUUCUCCUUUUUGGCUUCAACAAAGGGCCUCUCUUUGCUUGCAAAAACUACGUAGAUUUUGUCGCAAUUGCCAUCUUUCCUCUCAAGAUCAAGGAAAAUGAACCACCUUUAAAUCUUUCUCAGAGUUUUAAAACCCUAUCAUCAAUCAUGGGAAGGUAUGAGCUAGUGAGGAUAUUCAACAAGCCAUAUCUAGCCACAUCUUUACAAGACUUUUGGGAUAGAAGGUGGAACCGGUUGUCUUCAAAUAUUUUGAGGCAAACAAUAUAUGAACCGACCCAAAAUGCUUUAGUGGCUAUUGGCCUUGAUUACUACCCUUGUGAUUUCAGGCAUCAUGCACGAACUUAUGUUCUACUACAUCUCUUGUGGGAUGAGACCUACAUGGGAGGUCACUUGGUUCUUUGUGCUGCAAGGAGUUUCCAUGGUUUUCGAGGGUGCCUUGAACCACGUGGUUGUUCAUGCCGACAGUCUUACGUUGAUCUUGUUGAGGCAGAGAUGGAGGUGAUUCAUCAAGACCCUACGCCAGUAAUAUUACCUCAUGAUCAAGAGCUUGUAAAUCUUGACGACAAUCAAGAUCUUGAGAAGCUUGUGAUGAGUGUUGAAAACAAAGAUGCCCCAUCUCAAGAAACCCCCCAAAAGGCCUUAAAUCACCUCUAA